AUGCGCGUAGGUUUUGUCGGCACCGGUACUAUGGGCAACCCAAUGGCCCGCUGCCUGAUCGAUGCAGGUCACCAGCUAACGGUCUACGACGUGCGCCGGCAGGCCACCACCAACCUCUGCGAACUGGGGGCGUCCUGGGCGGAUAGUCCCCGUGCCGUGGCGGAGUCCAGUCAGGCUGUUUUCAUGUCUUUGCCGGGGCCGAGUGAAGUGGAGCAGGCUGUUUUAGACCCGGACAUUGGGAUAUUAGCUGGCAUUCCCCCAGGCGCGACUAUCAUUGACACCACCACCAACUCCCCAACGGUUUCCCGGCGGGUAUCAUCAAUUUGCCGCGGCCAGGGCGUGGAGAUGCUGGACUCGCCGGUCAGCGGCAGGCCUCCCACUAUGACGGUGAUGGCGGGUGGAGGCCAGGCUGCUUUCAACGAAUACCGGCCUCUGCUGGAAGCCAUGGCCGGCAACAUCUUCUACCUCGGUGAGAGCGGUGCAGGCUGCAUAACCAAGCUGGUCACCCAGUACCUUGGUUACUCCAACUUCGUAACCGCCAUUGAGGGACUUAUUAUCGGCGCCAAAGCCGGCGUCGAUCCGGGUAUGCUUGCCCAGGUGGUUCCGGUUAGUGCCGGGGCCAGCCGGGUGUUCGACAACAUACCCCGCUCCGUGCUUAAUGGAGAGUUUGUUUCCGGCGGGACGCUGGACAUAGUGGCCAAAGACCUGCACUUAGCCUGCGAGAUGGCCCGGGAAGCGCAGGCUGCCUCGGCCAUAGGUAAUAUCGCCGAUAACGUGUUCCAGCGUGGGCAGGCGAUGGGAUGGGGACAGGAAGGUUUCGCCAUGGCGGCCCGGGUCCUGGAACUGAUGGCGGGCGUAGAACUAAGGUCCGAGUUUCCCCAGGAAACUCACGGUUACCAGCAGACCGAUCCCCGGCACCCCGGCGGACCACAAGGUGAGCAGCAGGGGUAG